CACAGAGCAGGAUGAGGUGAAGCAGUUCUUUGACCUGUACUACUCCCACAUCUACCAAGUCUUCUAUGACAAUUUUAUACUUGUGGAGACUAGUCUCAAGCAGAAAGCCCACAAAGCCCAGAGGGAGGAAUUGGAUGCUGUCUUAUUUGUGUUUGAGAAAAUACUGACAUUGCUACCAGAUCUGAUACACCAAAGAUGGCAGUUUCACAGCAUAGGACGUCUGAUGAAGAAACUGCUCCAUCCAGGAAAUUCACUUAAGUUACGGCGGGAGGGUGUGAGACUGUACAUGCUGUGGCUACAGGCUCUGCAGGAGAACGCCAGUGAAGAAUGCCUUCUCAUCUUUGCCUGUCUCAUCCCUGGCUUCCCAAGCCCUUCAUCAGAUUCAGGAAUGUACACACUGGAAGGCCUGGUCACUGGGGCUUUUCAUAAUGGAUCUGCAUCUGAUGCUGUAGUACCAACAGAAAUCAGUGCAGUUCUCACGCCUCAGUCUGGGGAGAGGGUGACGGACGAUCAAACCAAGUUCUUCCUAGAUGCAGUGCUGGAGUUUAUGGUGCGUAAACUGGAGUGGAAGGAUGCCCAGUUCCAGCCCAAGGGCUUCAACUUCCUGUUCCAGCACUUCCAGCAGCACUACCUGACACACAUCUUCCCCUCCAUGUCCAGCACCACCAGCCUGUACCAGCCAAAANGAAGCCAGGUUCAGUUGUUUCAGUGCAUAAGUCACGACGACAGAACGUCCUCCGGAUCCAGAGACAGGGGCGGCGGGUUUGGGUUUAAUCGUGACAGAGGCGGUGGCGGGGGAUCCUGGCGCGGCGGCUACGAUCAAAACCGUGACGGAGGCUACAGAUCGGGAGGCCGCGGCGGACAGUCGAGGGGCGGGAACAGGAACAGAUACAGGGGGAACCGUCGGGGAGGAUGGAAGAAAGGAGGGCCGGGCAGAGGGGGGCAGGGGGGAGGGCGGGGCGCAGGGCCCACGCCCAGAUCCAGGUUUGAAGAUGACGAGGGAGAUAUCCAGAUGUCCGAUGAUGCCUCCGACUCACAGCACAGUCAGAGAUAUAAUCCGUACGGCCGACCCGAUUCGAGACGUUCCAACCGCCCCAAUAAUUCGGGUCGAGGCGGGCGCGGCCGUGGUGGCGGGUACAGGGACCUGGACGCCCCGAGCACCAGUCAUUCCGACCGGUCAGAAGGAGGCGACGAGGACGGUUGGCACAAAAUCACGAUUGUUCAAGGAAAGAGAAGUAACAAGGACUGGUUGAUGAGCACACUGCAGAAAACCUGUCCUGUACCAUUCCAGCCUACAGAGUUUCACUACGAGAAGAACAACGCCGUUUUCUACGUUCCCGACAAGGCCACGGCCGACGGUCUGACUGGCAUCAGUAGGAAAGUACGGACCAAAGAGGGCUACAGGGUGGUGGUUUUCUCCAGAGUGGAGACACCAGAAACCAUCAAAAUGGUGAACAAGACCACAAUGGAAGCAAUAAAACUGUCCAUGGCAAAGAGGUUUGACGCUGCCACGUCUGCGCUCAACCUCAGUAAUCUGUUCGGAGACAUCGAACUACAAGCUCAGGACAUCCGUGUGGCCCUGAGCAGGAAGAUGUACAUGAACUCUGUCAUAGCAAUCAUCAAGGAAAAUGUGCCUGUGAUUGAACAUCUUGAUAUGAGCAACAACAGAUUGUUCCACUUGGGAGACCUGGCUGACCUGGUGUCUGUCAGAAAGGGUGUCAAGUACCUGAACCUCUCGCACAACGAGUUGAAGAGUGAGUUUGAGCUAGACAAGAUCAAGGAGUGGAAGCUGGACGAACUGUGGUUGGAUGGCAAUCCCGUGUGUAACCACUUCAAAGAACAGUCGGCCUACAUCAGCGCUGUGAGGAAGAGGUUCCCCAAGGUAGCCAGGCUGGAUGGCCACGAGCUCCCCCCACCCAUCGCUUUUGACCUGGAGUCCAACACAACACUACCGGAGACAAAGGGGAGCAACUUUGACAACAACGACAUGUGCAGGAAGAUCAUCACGGACUUUCUAGAAAAGUUCUUCAUCGUAUAUGACUCUGAUGACAGACAAGGCCUAUUGGAGGCCUACCACGACCAGGCAUACUUCUCCUUCUGCAUGUCUUACCCCCCCGGUGCCCCCCACUACCACAGGAAAUCACUACAGGAUUUCUGUCGAGAUUCUCGAAAUCUCCUGUUUGUGAAUGACCUUUCCCAGCGUGUAAAGUUCCUGAAGCACUCCCGUCUGAACGUUGUGGCGUUCCUGAACGAGCUCCCCCACACGCAGCACGACCCGAACUCCUUCGUCAUAGAUGUAGGCGUGGCCAUGAACUCACUUAUAUGCUUUACUGUGUCUGGAGUCUUCAGAGAAGUGGUGAGCAAGUCAGGCGGCAACCCUCCCAUCAGGGCAUUUUCCAGGGUCUUCACAGCCGUUCCUGCUCCACAGGGGCUGUGCAUUGUGAAUGACAUGAUGACCAUAUCUGCUGCUACCCCUGCACAAGAGAAGGCAGCGUUCACCUCCCCAGCCCCCACCCCGUCCCCCAGCCCUGUCCCCGGGCCCUCGGGAUUGUCGGAGCCCCAGCAGCAGAUGAUCAAGAUGUUUGCCGAACAGUCGGGCAUGAAUGAGGAGUGGUCACAAAGCUGUUUAGAGCAGAAUGGUUGGGAGUACAACAAGUCUGCCCAAGUCUUCACCGAGCUGAAGGCACAAAACAAGAUUCCACCAGAGGCAUUCCUGAAAUAAAAAAACAACAACUUUCAAGGCUUUGUUACACCUAGACAUAUCUAAGGCAGAGAGUAAGAUCAUAAAUAGUCGGAGUUGAAAAUGGCACAAAGUCAGAAGAAUGUGUAAACCUAUAUGUCAUUUGGAGUAAAUUACUUUAGUGUUACCGGUAUGUAGUUUAGUGAAGGGAAGUAGAAACAGUGCUAUUUUUUAGUGUUCUGUGUUACAUGUAUGUAUCAAAAGACUUAAGUACUUAAUACAUUUUGGGGCUCAUCAAUGGCUAAUUUCAUGUGUUUUCUUUAGUUUGCUGUGACUUUUUAUGCAUUUGUACAGUUUUGAAAACAGAUCAUUCAAGCUUCAGAAGUGUUACAUUUUAAUGACUGACGUAACUUUUUUUAGUAUUGUACAAAACCUCCAAAUGUGUGUUGUUAGAGUGUUGACACACGAGUGAUGUCUCGUGCUACAAAAAUGUGGCCAGUUGCUGUUCAAAUUUGUAUCUCAAGAAGAUAGUAUACUUAAAGAGAAAGAUGUUUCAUAUUUUGCAAUACAUUGUAUCCCUACAAAAAUUAAGGACCCAAGUUCUGUAUAUUCUCAGGUAUAAUCAUAGUAGGUAUACUACUGUAUAGGAAAGAUUAAAAAUGGUGAUUGCUUGAAUUUACUUUGAUAUAAUCGUGCACAAAUGUACAGAUCAACACUUGUUUAAACACUACUCUAUUGAUACAUUUAUGAAGGUUAGACAUCCAGGUAAACAACAUUUAUUUGUAAUUCUACAAGUGGAUGAAAUGACUUGAGACAACAGACAUCCUUAAAUGUGAACUAGGGCUGGGUAUCGGUACAGCGUAGCGGUACAAAACCGUUUUUUCUUAUUGGACCGGUCCAGAAAACCAGACCUGAAAAUAUUAGGUGGACCGAAUGUUGGACCGAUUAGAAAAUUAACAGAUUAUUUUAUCAGGCAUUCACACGUUUUGGCGCUUGCAGGUGGAAGAAAAUUAAAAGAGUGAAGUAGAGUAGAGUUUAUAGUAAUUUCUAUCAAGUUUUACAGCCAAUCGUACGGGUGCAGUUGGCGUUGUAGGAUUUUAAAAUGCCAGUGUGAGUCUAAUACUCCACCAAACAGAUUUCUUUGUAGUGAAAUGGACCAUUGGUAUGAGUCAUACUGCAUCAGGUCCAGACCUGGACCUGAUCCUUCGGACCUGUACCUGAAUUUUCUGUACCGGUACCCACCCCUACUGUGAACCAUGUAGGAGAAGAUCUACAACUUUUGACAGGGCAGACUUUACGUUGAACUCUCCAGAACAUUGCACUGCUUUUUGCAACACAGAGGACAAUAACAUUUCCUUUGUCGUUGUCCUACCAAAGGAACUACCUAAACAUGAGAUGACGGACAUUUGAGUUAGUUUCCAGUUAGAUACACUUGUUCUGCCAGUUCAUUCUUAGUGCUAAAGAAGAGUGUUGGAUGUCAUUUGCAACAUCCAGAAGUAAAUCAACAAAUCCAGUUGUAGAGAUCGGUGACUAAGUCUUGAAUAAGCAUUACUCUAUUGCUUUCCACAACAAUUGAAUGGACUUAUCCUGCGUAUUAUUUUAUAUGUGUAUAAACAAUUGAGUGAAUUGUUAUAAUUUUGUAACCUAACUCAUCCUUAAUACUGUAUGUAAUAUUUUGAAAGCGGGUUGAUAUUCUUUUGUAAUGAUUGUAUUCAUGUUGUAAUUAAAUUUAGUGGUAUUUUCUUUGAAUU